ACUAGUAGUUAUUAAGAAAAUUUACUUACUAAAUAUUAAGAAAAUAAGGGAAAGCGUUGGUCCAACAUUAAUUUCAAAGAAACUGGUGAUUUUAAUAUAUGCAAAAGUAUUCUUUUUCGUAAAGAUGUUGUUUAUUCUGGUAAUGGCUCUAGUUCUAAUUGUAAUAUACCACUACAUACUGAAACCAUUGACAUUUUGGCGAGAAGUAGGCGUAAACCAAGAAGAUCUAUAUUCUGCUUUUAUCUUCAGCUGGUUUUUUAUGUUUCAAAAAAAUACCUUGGCCGAUAAUAUGAGUUUAAUGUACAACAAAUUUCCUGAUUGUCGAUAUUACGGAACUUAUCAGUUUAACAUACCGUCUCUGAUAAUAAAAGACGUCGAUCUGGUGAAACAAAUCACUAUCAAGGACUUCGAACACUUCAGUGAUCAUCGACACAUGUCGGAUGAAGAUGUGGAUCCUUUGUGGGCCACUAAUUUAUUUUCACUAAGAGGAGUGAAAUGGAGAAGAAUGAGAUUAAUUCUAAGUCCCUCGUUCACGAGUAGCAAAAUGAAAAUAAUGUUCUCUCUCAUUAGUGACAUUUCUCAAAAGGUUGCAGACUACUUUGUAAGUAAGAACACAGACGUUGUGGAAAUAGAAAUGAAGGAAAUUGCCACAAAGUACUGUACUGACGUCAUAGCAUCCACAGCCUUUGGUCUGGAAGUACACUCAUUAGCUGAUCCAGAAAAUGAGUUUUAUAAAAAUGGUGCGAAGUUGGCAAACUUGAACGAUUUCCGAAAAAUUGCGAGUUUUCUUAUUAAUAUGUUCUUUCCAAAUAUUGCAAAACUGUUCAAUAUUCGGAUCAUUGACGUCGAGCAUGGAGAAUUUUUCAAAAAUAUAAUAGACGAUACAAUCAAAUUUAGAGAAGAAAAAGGCAUCUGUAGACCGGACAUGAUCCAAAUGCUUUUAGAAGCAAGAAAAAAAUUAUAUGAUCAUGACAAAAAGAACGAGAAAAGUAAUGAUAGUAUUGAAGUCGAUUCCUCAUCUGAAAUCACCAAUCAGGAUAUUUUGGCACAGGCUCUGGUUUUCUUCUUUGCUGGAUUCGACACAAGUUCUGGUUUUAUAAGCUUGAUGGGAUAUGAGUUAUGUACAAAUCAAGAUGUUCAGGAAAAACUAAGACAGGAAGUUAUAGAAACUUUUAACAAAUGUCAGAAUGGAUUGACUUACGAAGCGUUGGUCGACAUGAAAUAUAUGGAUAUGGUACUUUCAGAAACAUUACGAAAAUGGCCAAACAUGCCAGUAAUAGAAAGAGUAUGCACCAAAGCUCUGACUAUUCCACCAGUUCUUCCCCACGAGAAACCACUUCAGAUCAAAGUUGGCCAACUGGUCACUAUUGUAGCCUAUGGAUUACAUCGCGAUCCGCGGUACUAUCCAGACCCCGAAGUUUUUAAUCCAGAGCGAUUUAGUGAAGAAAAUAAAGCAGAUAUCAAGCAAUAUACCUAUUUACCUUUCGGUUUAGGGCCGAGGAACUGUAUUGGAGCCAGAUUCGCAUUGAUGGAGACGAAGUUAUUCUUUUUCUACAUUUUAAAGAACUUUAAAAUUGUACCAACUAAUAAAACUGAGAUACCUCUUGUAUUAAGUGAUACUGCUAUUACUUUUGCAGCGAAAAAUGGGUUUAACAUGGGGCUGAAACGAAUAUAAUUUAAAUUGGUCUUAAAUAUAGGUAGUUAUUAUUUAGAACUCUGUUUGGAUUUUGUAAAUUAUUGGUAGAUAUAAGUAGACAUGGGUAAUAAAUUAAUAUUACUAAUAAAAUGUUUACGAUAUUAAUGACAAAAUCAAUUUCUUACCGCUGAUACAACUGGAAACACUAUCAUCUCUAAAACUGACAUUAAUGGUAUAUUCCUUUAGAUGAUAACAUCAUUAUGACAAUAAUCUCCAGAAUCCAAGCUUGGAGUAGGAUGUUUCUCUCUCUAAAAAGUCACAUGCUUUUGAUAAGUUGUGGCACAGGUGGCUUUUUUCUCCAAAUUAACGCCACGAAAUAGCGGCGUUCACAUUGAAUUACUGCUCUUUAUCAAUUCGUUUCUACUCAUAUCAUAUAUAUAUUAUAAGCAAAUUUAAAUUAAAAACUGCAUUAAAAAGACUAAAACAAUACAAACAUUAAAUGAAAAGUUAUUUUGACAUCACACUCAAAUCCAAUUACCGCUUCACAUCGACUCCAGAUAAUGCGAAAUUAUAUCCAGCAGUGGUCAAAGAAAUGGCGCAUAAUAAACGGCGAUCAAGAUUUAAAUGAAAUAUUUAUAGAUCCUUCAGAUCCAAAUGUACUAACUGACAAGGACUCGGGUGAUGAAGGAGGAUGCUGCUGAAUGCAGCAUACAAAAUAAUGUCCAACGUCAUGUUAUGAAAGACUUAGAGCACAUUCUGAAAAAAUAAUUGGCAAAUAUCAAAGUGGCUUCUGUAGACAGAAAUCGACAAUAGAUCAGAUAUUUGUUCUGCGACAGAUCCUCGAAAAAUAAGUGAAUAUAACAUCGACACACAUCAUCUGUUCAUUUACUUUGAAAGCGCAUAUGACAAUAUAAACCGAGAAUUCUUAAUAAAAGCAAUAAAAGAAUUUAAUAUACCAAUACAACGAAUAGAACUGAUAGAAUCUCUAAAAGUAGAAAGUAAAAUCCGGAUACAAAAUUAAUUAGCCGAAACAAUAGAUGUGAAAAAAGGACUACGCCAGGCAGACGAUCUAUCAUGCAUCUUGUUCAACAUCGUACUCGAGAAAAUACUGAGGCACAUAAUAGUCAAUACUCGAGGAACAAUUAAUAAAAUCGUGCAAAUACUAGCAUUUAAAAAUGAUGUUGACAUAUUUGAAAGAUCAAGAAGAGAAAUAAUAGAGGCAUACAACCAAAUAGAACGAUCUGCAUAAAAUAGUGGCCUUAAAAUCAAUCAGACCAAACUAAAAUAUAUGCAGGGAAGUAAAAACGCAGAAAUAAGGCAGCCACAAAAUAUAACAAUAGGAGAAUACAACAUAGAGUGAGUAAAAAACUUUAUAUACUUUGGAUCCCUAGUCACGUUUGAUAAUAACGUUGCGGAGGAAGUGAAAAGGCGAAUAUUUAUUGCCAAUAAAUGUUAUCAUGUCUUAAUUAGGCAACUAAGAUCAGACAACGUCGCAAGAAAAACAAAAUGCCAAAUAUACAAAACCUUAAUAAAACCGGUACUCACAUACGGCUCAGAAAUUUGGACAAUCAGCAAAAAAAAGGAAACGUUGUUAGCGACCUUUGAAAGAAAAAUCUUGCGACACAAAUAUAAGGGCACAAAAGAAAACGGAAUUUGGCGAAGAAGAUACAACUUUGAACUAUACAAAAUAUACCAGGAUCCGGAUAUUCUUAAAAAUAGGAUGGCUGCGUUGGAUAGGACAUGUAGAAAGAAUGAAGAAAGGCGAAAUAUUAAACAAAAUAUUCAAACAGAUGUCAGUAGGAAAAAGAACAAGAGGAAGACCGAAGCUGAGAUACUUAGAACAAAUAGAAAAUGAUAUAACAACCCUAAAAAUAAAAAAAACUGGAGGAAAAAAGCAUGACACAGAUCAGAAUGGAGAAUUAUCCUGGAACAGGCCAAUACCCAAAAAGAGUUGUCGAGCCAGUGAUGAUAAUGAUGAUGGUGUUGCUUCCAGAGGUGCUGGUCGUCCACGGGGUUUCAAAUCUGAAAUAGAUAGCAAAGUUUGCAGAGGGAUUAGACUUGAUGGAAAAAAUCAUUUGGUAAAGCCUUGCAGAAGAUUCUGCUGUGGAUUGAAUUGCAAAAAACUGUUCAAACACAGUGUGGAAAGUGCAAUGCCGGACUCUGUAUCGAUUGUUUCGAAACUUUUCAUAAAAUGUAUUCAAAAAUAAAUUUUUAUCAGAAUGAGUAUUUUUGUACCUCAUAUACGCCUAGCGUGAUCAUAUAAACACGGGGUCCUGUAAGGACCCCCUUUCAAGAAAUAAAGAAAUGUUUACAAAGUUUUUACAAAUAUACCUACCUAUAACUUUUUAGAGAUUUUAUACAAUUAUUUAACAAAAAAAUAAUUCAGGUUCUAAUGGGUUAACGAGCUAAUAAAUGUUUAAAACAACAGGGGUUUUGAGGAUUUACUAGAUAGAUUUUAAAAUUUAUUUUAUUUUAGGUACAAUUUUUUAAAUUCUACAUUAUAAUAAGUUAAUAUAUUUUUUAUGUUUCAAUAUCAUGGUAUAUGUUACAAAUCAUCAAUUUUUUUGGAAAUUAUAACAUCACCAAUGAUAUUAGGACUCCGAAAUUAGGAUAUCUUUCUGCAGAGUCCUGGAAUGAUCUAGCUGCGAUUGUUUAAUAAUUUUAGU